UACUCCUCCCCACUCCCAAAUCUACUCCACCACCCCACAACACUACAUACAGACAUACAAUGAAAAUAAUCCUAACAGGGACAACCGGCUUCGUCGGCAAAGAAGUCCUCGCCCAAUGCCUCUCCCACCCAUCCAUAACCUCCAUCGUGAUCCUCACCCGACGAGACCUCCCUACCACAGACCCCAAAGUGCAAAUCUACCGCAUGCAAGACGAUGACUUCCUCUCCUACUCGAGCCCCCAGUUGAUAGCCGCCCUGCGCGGCGCUCACGCCUGCAUCUGGACACUAGGCGUAGUGCCGUCGCGAGCGUCCGACGCACAGACGACGCGGAGAGUCACGGUGGAUUUCACGGAGCAGGCUGCGCAAGCCUUUACCAGGACCUGCUCCGGGAGGGGGAGUCGCUUCCGGUUUGUGUAUUUGAGCGGGUCCCUGGCGGAGAGGGAUCAGUCUAAGUCGUUGUGGUUUUCGGGGCCGUAUCGGCGAGUGCGGGUUUGUUUCUCCCCCUCUUUCUGGGCAGACUGAACGGAUACCGACGAGAGCGCAUUGAUAACGAUUAUUUCUAGGGCGCGGGAGAAAAUGCCCUCCUGGCACACGCCACACUCCACGGUGAUACCUUCGAAUCAUACAUUAUGCGACCGGGGUUAGUGUUGAACAAGACUACCAGCGUCGUGGAUCUCGUGCGCGGACUAGCACCGUCAGUGCGCGUGGAUGUGCUCGCGCGGGCGGCGGUUGAUAUCGCCGUACGUGGGAAUAGGGAGAAGAUUUGGGAAAAUGGGAUGAUUGGGGGGUGGAAG